UACGAUAGGGAGGAAUGUAUGUCUUUCAACUCUUUGAUUAUUACGGGGCGUCGGGUCUGUGUUUGCUAUGGUUUUGCUUCUUCGAGUCCAUUGUCAUCGGAUGGAUAUAUAAUGCCGACCACUUGUAUAAGAAUAUUGAAGAGAUGGUUGGCUUUCGGAUGUUUGUUUGGUUCAAACUCUGCUGGAAGUACUUCACGCCUCUUCUUACUUUCGGGACGUUUAGCUUUUAUACCUUCACUUAUAAACCUCUUAAGUAUAAUAACAUCUACGAGUAUCCAGGUUGGGCACUUGCUGCUGGUUGGAGUUUAGCCCUCUGUUCAAUGGUUAUCGUUCCCGUCUAUUGUAUAUACAU